UCUUCUUUCUUUACUUUUCUUUCAUUUACAUCAAACAUUUACUUUUUACAGUAACUAGCAUUAAAACAUAACUUAAAUGGAAGAUAGUGUUCAUUUAAAAAUGUCAAUGUGAUGUAAUUCAUGCCGGACAGAGCGCACAGCUAGCCACAGGGCACAGGUACAAUCCUUAAAAAUAAUGGCAAGCCAAGUGGACACCGUUCCUCUGGCCAAUGAUGCGCCUCAACAAGACGACGAGACGCCAACAGAGGAGGUUCCUGUACCCAUGGUAACAUCCAGCCAAACAAAGGAAUCUGCAGAGUGUGAAGAGACAGCAGUAGAGGAUUCUGCCACUUCAAGUCAGACGGAAAAAGAGAAAGAGUCUAAAGAUGUGGCUCCAGAAUUGAAUGAAACGGGAGAUCAAUCUGCAGUGAAAUCAUCGGCCACAGAAGCUGAGUCAGACCCGUACCAUUAUCUCACCAGAGAACACUUCACAUCAGAGAUCUUCAAGAUUGAAAUAAAGAAUCUUCCAAGGCACUUUGGGUUUGCACAACUGAAGAAGAUGCUUGUUAAUCUACAGUUGAAGCCUAAGAAGGUCAAAGCAGUCAACCGAGCAACGUAUGCUUUCGUCACCUUCAGCAAUGAAGAGGAUAAAGAGGAAGCUUUGAAAGUUCUUGACGGUCACAAAUGGAAGGGACAGAUUCUGAAAGCCAAGUUAGCUAAGCCAAUUGAAGACCCAUACGCCAAGAGUGUAGCUCUGAAGCGAUCUCAAGAUGAGUCGGAAGGAGACUCCAAGGGAUCCAAGAGAAGACGAGAAGAGGAGAGUUUGCCCGUAGAGGAGAGACUUAACAAUUCGGUCACUCCACUGUGGAAACAGCCUUAUGAGGACCAGUUGGAGAUCAAGCAGAACAACACCAUGGAAUUCCUACGUCAUUUGACUAAGAUGCUGCAAAAGAAUGUGGGCGACAUCACACCAUGGCUUGCACAGCAAAGGAAAAAGCACAAUGGAAUGGCCUGUGAGUUGGAACCAAUAAAACCAUCGCCAGUUCUAGAGAACUACCGCAACAAGUGUGAGUUUACCGUUGGUAAGAGCGUAGAUGGAAUAGAUAAAACUGUUGGAUUCAGGUUAGGAAGCUACAGAGGUGGCCAGGUGUCCGUAGUGAACCCCUCUGCCUGCUCGCAUGUCUGCCCAGCCACCAAGGCCAUAGUGGCCGCAUUCCAGAAGUACAUCCAGACGGAGUCAUCGCUGGAGAGCUACGGUCAACAGAUGCACACCGGCCACUGGCGCAUGCUGCUGGUCCGGACUAGCAUGAUCGGAGGACGAAUGGCUGCUGCAUUCAUGCACCCACAGAAUUUAUCCAAGGAGGCAAUAGAAGAAGAGAAAGUGAAACUAAGAGACUUUUUUAGAGAGGGUGAGGGUAAAAGCUGCGGGCUGACGUCACUUUACAUCAACCUACAACCAGAGGAGAGGAGAGGUGAUAAUUCGUACAGUCACCUUGACGGAGAUGAGUAUAUCAACGAAGAUCUACUGGAUCUCAAGUUCAGAAUAUCACCAGAUGCCUUCUUCCAAGUGAACACUGUUGCAGCGGAGGUUCUCUACACCACAGUUGGUGAUUGGGCUGAAGCCACUCCUUCAACCACUGUGCUAGAUAUCUGCUGUGGUACAGGAACCAUUGGGAUCACCCUAGCUAAGAGAGUGAUGAAAGUGAUAGGCAUUGAGAUGAACCAACAAGCUGUUAAUGAUGCUAUCUACAAUGCAAAGACUAAUGAUCUGAGCAAUAUCGAGUAUACAUGCGGCAAGGCAGAGGAUGUAUUACCAGAUAUCAUGAAUGAUCUUAAGGACUGUGAGGAUAUCGUUGGAAUUGUGGACCCUCCAAGACCAGGAAUGCCUCCCAAGGUUCUCCAAGCUGUACGGCGAUGUGCCAACUUAAGACGGCUGGUCUACGUCUCCUGUAACCCACAGAAUGCCAUCAACAACUUCAUCGAUUUAUGUCGUCCUGUAUCAAAUCGCAACAAAGGCAUUCCCUUCCGACCAGUCAAGGCUGUAGCCAUUGAUCUCUUCCCCCAUACCAAACACUGCGAGCUCAUCAUACUGUUUGAGAGAGCAGACAAGGUGGAUUCUUUCUACACAGUGCCAGACGGAGCUUACUAGGCUGAUAAGCAGGUUCAAGAGGGUGCUAGAAGGCGCUUACUAGGCCGUUAACCAGCUUCUGCAGGGUGCCAGAAGGUGCUUACUAGGCCGCUAACCAGCUUUUACAUGGUAUGGUGCCAGACGGCACUUACUAGGGCAUGAACCAGGUUCAACAGGAUGCCAGACGGAGCUUACUAGAGUGUUAACCAGCCUUUACAUGGUGCCAGAAGCACUUACUACAGUGUUAACCAGUGUCAACAGGGUGCCAACCAGUUGUACAUGGGGCUAUUCAGCCUUUACUAGAGUGAAACUAGCCUUAACAUGGUGCCAGACAGCGCUUUCUAGGGUGUUAACCGGGUGCCAGACAACACUUACUAUGAUGUUAACAAAAUGGAAAUGGCUUUGCCCUCUCAAGGGCGAAACUCCAGCCUAGUCAACCAUCGGUACCACAAUAUUCAAGACUCCAUUCCCCUCCGCGUUUUCACUGUAGUGCUAACAUUGAACAGGCUGGACCAGUGAAGAACCAUGGUCAUGAGGCAGGUUCCAACUGGUCCACCUAACCAAUGGUGGACCAGCCUGGGUUCGUGUUAAAAUCGUCAACCUUUAGUUAAUCAUGGUGUACACUCGAACUUGCUCCUUGCCUAAAGUUUCCCAUGGAGUUUCAGACCAUGGUGAGGAAGGAAACUCCAUGAUCAGACUUCAAAAGAGUACAAUGUCACCCUUGAGGCCAACCAUCUGAUCGUCGUCAAGUAGGAUGUAGAAACU